CUUAAUGAUUAAUAUUCCGAGCUGUGUAUGAUUAUUCACAUCUCAGUCCCUCCCUUAAAUGCAGCAGGCUGCCACAGUUUAAAAAACACUUUAUAAUAACCAUCAUGAAUAAAUGUACAUUUAUAGUUCAAUAAACUUUACUCCACUGCUUGUCAAUACAGUUUCGGGGGUUGUUUGACGUCGUUGCAGUCGGCGCAUGCGCACUGGCACUGUACUGCAGAGGCGUUCGCAGCUGUCAGUGGAGGAAUGUCAGUCUGUCUGUGGACUAAUGACUUGGUGGAAAGAGCUGCAGCCUCGGUGUCUAGUCGGGAAACAUUUUGCCUGUGCUCUCUGUCCGUUGCAGUGAUGUCUCUGAUGCGGUGAAGGACUCAGUGUAACCCGCUGAGGACAGAUGUUACCGUCGCUAUGGCGUCUUUAACCGUCAGCGCGGCGGCUCGGAGCGUUGACAUGCAUCGGAAGUCCCUGUCGCUGCUCUUCUACCGAGCUGUGCGGGACCUGAAGCCGGUCUGGAUGCUGGAAGACAUGCGGACGAUGGAGACUUUCUACCAGGAGGAGGACGUCAGCCAGAGGACGUACAGCCCGUCGGAGGCGCUGCUCUACGCUAUAGUCCACGACCACCAACCGUACGCCCAGUACCUGCUCAGUCGAUAUACCGACGAGGCGCUAGCGAAGCCAGGGGAGCGCUUCUGCUGCUGCCCGUCUUCCGCCCCGCACCUGGCCAUGGCUGUCCGCUACGACCGGCGCUGCAUUCUCGGCCUCAUUUUACAGGAGACUCACCGGCAGCACAGCACGCCCCCAUACACGGAGCCAGCCGGCUGUUUACACAUGGAGGACGGCAGGACCCCUCUGCACCUUGCCUGUGAGCUACUGCGGCCCGAGGCGGUCGUCAUGCUGCUGGGAAACGGAGCGUCCCCGCUCGCCGUGGACCACAACGGCCUAACACCGCUGGACAUCACUCUGGAGAAACUGAGGGAGUCCAAGGAGGUGAGCGUCGGGGAGAGGAGGCAGUGUCUGGAUAACCUGCUCAUGUUCAUGCCAAAGGUUCACUUUAAAAUGAAGGCAGCGCUGAGCGGAGAGCCGGAACGCUGGACCGAGCUGCUGGGCGAGGACACGUGCAAUUACCUGGCCGGACGGAGGCCGGCGCCGCUGCUCCUCAUCGCCAUGCAGACUGUCCUGAAGCAGCUGAGCCCAGCCACUUUCCCCGACAGCCUGCAUGAGCUGCCCAUCCCCUCCUCCCUCAAACCGGCCGGCCUGCCUGUGAGCCCGCGGGACUGUCGGAGGGUCUGACAUGAUGCAGGCUGCACUGUAUGGAAACGGUUCUUCGUUAGCAUCGUGCGUAACACUUCAUCACAGGGCUGUACAAAUAAACUCCAGCAGUCAGGGAACAGAUGACUGGCUUUGAUCAGUCAGUGGAGACUCUGAUUGAAUCAUGGGAGCUGCAGGGUGACUGGACUAGUUGCAAUACAGUGGGCUUAUAGGGAAUAAGCAGCCAUAAGCUUUGACUUUUUACACUAAUCCAGACGUCAAUAAUGAUUUGUUUUGUCUAACCUCAUCCUAAAGUGUUACUUACAAAUGCUACUGUAUUGUAUCAGAGGAACAGAUCAACACUGAUAACAGUCUACAUGUUCUGUGACUGCCUCUUUUUUAUGUGGCUUGUAUUUUAACAGUAAUGUUGAAGAAAGUGAUCUUAUAGAUCAAAACAAUUUGGAGGUGGAGUAGACCGAUUAUCAGGGCCAAUAUUCAGCAUUCUUCUGAUUACCGGUAUCAGUGAUUUAUCUGUCAGAUUGUCAAUAAAAUAAUCUAAUUUUAAAAUGUG